UGGCGAAAUACAUAGGGCAGUAAGAGUGGAGGAUAUAGGCCAGAAGGAAGCACAACUGUUUUAUAUUUCUAAAUGUGUUUAUUGCCUAACAAACAGACCCCAAAACGCAGCCGACAACACAAGUAAUUCCUUCUCUCUCACAGGAAUCUGAGGUUUCAGCAAUGGACUCUCUCUCAGCAUCAAACGGUAGCUUUACUCUUGACCUUUUCAAAAAGCUGAAUGAAUCUUUUAAAGGCAAAAACAUUUUCUUUUCCCCUUGGAGUAUUUCAUCUGCUCUGGCCAUGACUUAUGUGGGGGCAAAAGGUAACACUGCAACGCAGAUGGCUGAGGUGCUUCAUUUUAAGAAAACUACAGGAACCGGAGGCUGUUUGCAGGUGACAAGAACUUCUCGUGGGAGGCCAAAGAAAAGGAAGAUGGAAUCUGAGGACUGCAAAGCUGAAGACAUUCAUUCUGAGUUCCAGGCAUUAAUCUCUUUAAUCAACAAACCCCAAACUUCUUAUUUGCUUAAAACUGCCAACAGACUGUAUGAGGAACAGACCUUCCAAUUCCAUAGUGGAUACAUAGAAUUCGUUAAAAACUAUUACCAUGCAGAGCCCCAAGCAGUUAACUUUAAAAAAGCUGCAGAACAAGUCAGAAAAGAAAUCAAUUCCUGGGUUGAAAGCCAAACUGAGGGGAAAAUCCAGAACCUGCUGCCUAGAGGUUCUGUUGAUCCCAACACCGCACUGGUCCUGGUUAAUGCCAUUUACUUCAAAGGAAAAUGGGAAAAGAGAUUUCUGAAUGAAAACACAUCUGAGAAUCUCUUCAGAUUGAGCAAGACCAAGACUAAACCAGUGCAGAUGAUGUUUCUAAAAGAUACAUUUCCAAUAUGCUACUUGGAAACAAUGAAGGUCAAAAUUGCUGAGCUUCCAUACGUUAAUAAUGACCUCAGCAUGCUCAUCCUAUUACCAGAUGACAUUGAGGAUAAAUCUACUGGUCUGGAACAGCUAGAGAGGGAAUUGACCUAUGAGAAGUUAUCGAAGUGGACCAGCCCAGAAAUGAUGAAGACAACUGGAGUGGAGUUGUUUCUGCCCAGGAUCAAGCUGGAAGAGAGCUAUAACCUCAAGUCCACUUUGAGCAGUAUGGGGAUGAAAGAUGCCUUCAGUCAGAGCCAAGCUGACUUCAAAGGGAUGUCUGAGCAUAAUGAUCUGUUUUUGUCACAAGUUUUUCACAAAUCCUUUGUUGAGGUCAAUGAAGAGGGCACUGAGGCUGCAGCUGCCAGUGCAGUCGUUGUAGUAGUGAGAUCAUCUUUAAAUCAUGUAAGAUUUAAGGCAGAUCACCCUUUCCUCUUCUUUAUCAGACACAAUAAAACCAACAGCAUCCUCUUCUUUGGCAGAUUCUGCUCCCCCUAGAAUGUAUUACUCUCUGCUACCAAAUAACAUCAUUUGCUCACCGUGCAACUAGGAAAUACAAAUUGAAACCUGAAAUUCAAAGCUUAGGUCUAGUUCUUGCUUUUAGUUAGAGCCCUGAGCAUAAGCUGCCUCCGUCAGGAGUAGCCUCAGAAGUAAUUGUGCCUCAGAGACACACACUGAGGCACAUUUUCUCCUGUGCUCCUCUGCUGUACUGAGCAGACAGUAAUCUACUGCAGCCCCUUACAGAGUGCAGCAUACUACCCACUGCACUGAGCCUGCUCUCCUGGCUAGUAUUAUGGGGGCCAGAGUCAUGGCUCUGUAGCCUCUGUCCCUCCCCACUCAUUUGUUCACAGGACAGGAGAAUACAUCUCAGCGUUCAUGCCAUGACCGCAUCACCAUACCUGCAGACAAGAUGGGGGCAGGUCUAAAGCAGUCAUGCUGAAUGAUUUGGGGGAGGAGGGAGCUCUUAAUCUCUGCUACUGUCGCCCAUGGACACAUUAGACCCAGUCACAGUCAAGUGCUUAAUAAUUAAGUCUCUUCUUCGCACGUAUUGCAGGUCUGUUUACAAAGGGUAACAGAAAACACAUUAAAGUUCUGUUUGCAAAUCCCAGGCAAUAACAAUGCCAGUUAAUGAUAGCGAUUCAGCAUUAACUCUGAAUUUCAUAAUAUUUGCCUUGAGUUUAUUUAUGAAGUUUUUCCCACCCAAAAUAUAUUUUCUUUUGUUCUUUCAGAGUGUUAAAAUAGAAAUUUAACCUCAUCACAUACUGACCACAGCAUUCUAUUUGGAACUAUGCCAUUCUGUCUAAAUGACAGAUGCUCGAUCAUUUAGAAGUCAGUCUGCUGGACAUACAUUGUACAUUCAUAAGUGCUAAAAGAGUUCUUCAAUCAGUAACAACACUGCUCAUAGAAGCAUAGGAAAAUCAACAUUAGGCCAAAUCCUCCACCCAUUGAUUUCAUUAGGAGUGUGAUUUGGCUGACUAAAGUGUUAGCACAUAGACGUAACGAGUUUGUUAGAGAUUUUAUUGUCUGACGUGUAAUAAACUUGGAAGUGUACAAAAACAUUACAUAUCUUUAGUUUAAAUUUUCACUUUGAAAAUUAACAUUUUGGAAAUUAUUGUAAUUUCAUAAAAUCUAAGGCAAAAGCAUGUGAAAUUCAGUGCUCCCUAGAGGCUCUUUAAACUAAACAUUUAUAUUUACUAAGACCAUCCUUUACCUCCCUAAGGGCCCAAUUCAGUUUUUACUGAUGUUAGAGGAAGGACUCUGGAUGAGGCACUAAACAUUCUGCCAAUGCUCUCUGACAAUGUUGGCACAGAGUCAGUGAACUGGCCUAGCCUCCCCAGCCAGUGAACUUGUCAUCUUUGUCCAUUUCAUGACCUGCUGCUGUUUCUAGAGGGCUAUGCAGGUGUGUCAUGUUGCUCAUACUAAUGUUUGUUCCUGUGCCUGACUUUUUUAAAAUAUUUGUAAAUUAGAUUGUCUAACAAUUCUGAUGGGCACAACUGAUAUGAAAACUUUCACCAGCAUGCCUCCUGUCUGUCUAUAUGUCCAUGAGCAUUAUAAUCUAAAACCUGCAGCAUUCAAACAACAGUCAUGUGUUGUUAAUGUAAUUACUGGUUGUAAUUUGCACCCAUUCCUAGAUACCUGUAUCACUAAUAAAGUAGAAAAAAUAGACUUUCAUUUCAAGAAUGCAGUUUAGCAAAGAUAUUCCUGUUAUUUACCCAAAUUCCAAUGUGCUUUUAGCUGAUAUUUUACUCCAUAACUCUAGUGUGUGACUUGCACUUAAAGCAAUAAAAAAACACCGUGAUUAUGUUUCUAUAAUUCAAACUGGUGAUUUAGUUGAUUAUAGAUAGUGGGGGGGGUUGCGGAGCAGGGGAGUUGUCAAUACUGUUUUGUUAUGCUAUGAUAGUCUAAGCACUCUUAAUAUUUACAGUAUGUUUUCAUUGUUACCAUUCCAAAAUGAUCAUCAUUUAACUAGGGUUGAUUAUGCCCAGUGCUUAAUUUGUAAUGAAAGAGGUGCCAGGGCUCAACAAUUUUAUUUUUUUUUACAUACAUAACAGAUUCAGCAAGCCCAGAGGUGCCGGAGCUGUGAACUGCCAAGCCUAGAGGUGCCAGGGCUCAGCCCUGGAAAAAUCUGGCACAAAUUAAGCACUGAUUACGCUCAGCUGAGAUUUUUAAAAAUACCAUUUUCUUUGUCUGCAUUAGGCUGCAAAAUGGUGUUUAAAAUCAUGUUAUUUAAAAUGUUAGCUAAUACAUUUGGUAAACACAUCUCCUUUUCCCAGUCUAGACAGGGCCUUAGUAACUUGCUUCUAUGAAUCUGCCGGGAGCAGCAUGUAUGAAAUUUAACCCUAACAGAACAACUCAAACCAGCAAAGAAGGCAGUGUGUGCAAACUUCACUGAACAUAACUAGCUCACUAAUA